UUGGGUCACUUUAGCUAGAUACGCACAGCGAGUCUUGAAAACAACUGUGAGACGAUAGACGACGGUGAUGUUCAUGUUAGCUGGCCGCUCUGACAGAGCUGGUUUAUUUAUUGCCGUUUUUCGCUUUGGUCCUUGUUCUGUCCAAAUGCUGGCUUUGUGGUCGGUUUUUAUGUAAUGUGUCGUUGUCGAGGAUCUCGUUGUGUGUUGCUAGAAAAGCCUUUUUUGGCAGCUUUAUCAGUUCUCCCAGUUCUCUCCCCGGGUGUGUGGUACUGUUAGUUAGCUAGCGAACUCGCUGUUUGUCCCAGGAAAAUAACGUUGCUGCUGCUGUCAUUUUGCGAGGAGGGCAGAAGAAGGAGGAGGGACCGGUCGCCUGCUUUUGCACGCCAUCCUCUUGGCGCAAAAAGGCGCUCUUCUUUUGAAAGAAAGAAGAAAACGACAGUCCAACAGAAGGAACCGUUUUUCAAUACACUAAUGCAGAACUAAGAAAGAUCAAAAUAUUGCAGGAUCAUGAGAAAACCUGUGCCACAGAAAGCUAUUGAGUGGAAAGAUGCCAAGCAGAUCAAGCACCCUCGCAGUGGGCGACCCUCACGAGUUCCAUCACAGUAUCAAGGGCACUUCAGUUGGGAGAAGUAUCUGAAAGAGACAGGUGCUUUAGCUGCCCCUGCAAAUUGCUUUAAACAGAGCACUACACCCCCAGUAAAUGAGUUCAAGGCAGGAAUGAAGCUGGAGGCCCAGGACCCCAGGAACACCACGUCCACCUGCAUUGCCACAGUGGUGGGGAUGACUGGCUCACGCCUCCGGCUGCGCCUGGAUGGCAGCGACAACAAGAACGACUUCUGGCGCCUGGUGGACUCUGCUGAGAUCCAGCCCAUCGGCAGCUGCGAGAAGAGUGGAGGCAUGUUGCAGCCGCCCCUGGGGUUCAGACUGAAUGCAUCAUCUUGGCCUAUGUUCCUCCUGAAAACACUCAACGGUGCUGAGAUGGCACCAUCACGCAUCUUUCACAAGCAGGAGCCUCCCUCUCCAGAGCAGAAUUGUUUCCAGGUGGGUAUGAAGCUGGAGGCAGUAGACAGGAAGAACCCACACUUCAUCUGCCCUGCCACCGUAGGGGCGCUCCGAGGCGUAGAGGUGCUGGUCACCUUUGACGGCUGGAGGGGCGCGUUCGACUACUACUGCCGCUAUGACUCGAGAGAUAUCUUUCCUGUGGGCUGGUGCGCACUUACUGGAGACAAUCUGCAGCCGCCUGGCACUAAAGUGGGGUUACCGAAACAGCUGGGUACUCUAAGCGCCCUGCCUGACAGUGGUGUGGAGGGCACAGGCAUGCACCCCAUGCCCGCCAGGCCUCCAGCCCAGAAGGGACGGAAGCCUGGGCGCAGGAAAAGCAAGUUGACCAGCCUCUGGAACCAGAAAGGCACAACAGUGACUGUCGAGCUCCAGGCAGACCAGUCUGGAAAAUUACUGGGACCAGUCAAAAUCCCCAAGAAGAGAGGCCCUAAGCCUGGGAACAAGCUGAGCUGGGCUAAGCGGGCUGUGUGGUUGGAAGGAGCAAUGACAGGUCCUGGUAGACCCCGAAGCCGACUACCAGCCAGCUGGGCUCAAAGACUACAGCAGGAUGAGACAGAGCUCCUGAAGGUCCCAAAAAAGAGAGGCCCUAAACCUGGCAGCAAGAGGAAGCCACGGGUGGUGCCUGACCCAGUACCCAUCUCUCCCACUAGCAGCACUCCAGAGCCAGACACCAGCUCUGUGCCACUGGAUAAUGCCACCAUCCCCAGUGCCGCUUUGCAAGCUCCAACGGUGUGUGUUUAUCUGAAUAAGCAUGGGAAGGUUGGUCCUCACUUGGACGCACGGCGGGUGCAGGCUCUGCCCGAUCACUUUGGCCCUGGCCGGGCAUCCUCAGUGCUGCAGCAGUGUGUGCAGGCCUGUGUGGACUGUGCACUUAACCAGAGUUCUGUUUUCAACUGUCUCAAAGCAGGCCACGGGGGAGAGCUCAUCUCAGCCCACUUUGACCAGCAGCAACACACACUGACUUUGCCAGCAGUGAACAGUGUGACGUACGUACUACGCUUCCUGGAGAAGCUCUGCCACAACCUGCACUGUGACCCUUUGUUUGGCAGCCAACCUGUGCCUCUGGGAGGGAUACACUAUGACAGCCACACCUACACAGAGAGGAGGGGUUUUGCAGAGUGUCUCAGUUCAGGACUGGGUCGAGGUACUAAAAGAUUUUUUCAGGACUCAUACAACAACAGUCACAUGCCCCAUAAAAUGUCAAAAAGCCACCGCCUCUCCUCUGAAGAGCCUUUUCUGGUGGAGAAUGGAGGAGCAGAUCACUUGGAGAAAACUCCACUCUCCCCCACUAAGAAUUUGGGACUGCACCCUCACUCUCAGAGUAGUAGCUCCCCCAGCCAACUACACCGCCUGGGCUCUGCAAGUUCAGAGCGUUUCCUGAACACUAGAGAGAGUCCUCGACCUAGUGGCCAGAACCCAAACCUGUGGACAGUGGAGGAUGUCAUGCAGUUCAUCAGAGAUGUAGACCCUCAGCUUGGCCCACAUGCAGACCUAUUUCGCAAACAUGAGAUUGACGGGAAGGCUCUGCUCUUGCUACGCAGUGACAUGAUGAUGAAGUACAUGGGCCUGAAGCUUGGUCCUGCCCUCAAGCUCACCUUUCAUAUUGACAGACUAAAACAGGGUCGCUGAUCUCGAAAGGCUCCAGGGCCAUUUCCCAAAUCCCAACCCCCCUAUCUACCCUUUUCAAGCACAUGGCAUACUGGCAACAUAUGCCCAAUGAAGCAUACUGAAGCAUACUGUAGCAGUGGUCGCCAGGCUUUCAGCCUGAUCAUUUCUGAAUUUGUGUCCAUUCGUCUGUUGUUACCUACAGCCGUUGCAAAUAUUUGGGCACCUCGGACCAAAUUACAUAUUUUGUUGAAUUUUGAAGGGAAAAGUAAUAAGCGCAACCUAUGAAGCAAAUUAUUAAAAAUAUUAAUGUGCAGGUUUUUUCAUAUAUUUCAUUAUCUAAAAAAACUUUUAAAACUGUAAAAAAAUAGUAAUUGUGGCAUGUGCAAAAGUUACUAAAAGUCAAUACUAAGUAGCACCCCAUUUUGCAGAUAUCACAGCUUGCACACACCUUUUUUAGGUAGCUAGGAGUCUUUAUGUUCCCAUUUUAGGUAUUUUACCCACUGUUCUUUGCUGAACUUUUCCAGUCUUGUGCCAUCUUGAUCUGUCUUGCAUGCAAAGCAUGUUAAUGAUCUACCUGCAGAUUCUCAAUGGUGUUUAAGUCAGGAGACUAGGAGGACCAUUCCAAAGGCUUCAACUUGUAUUUCUUGAAAUUGGUCUUUGUGGAUUUUGAGGUAUGUUUUGGAUCAUUGUCCUGUUGUAGAAGCCAGUCUCGUUUCAGCUUCAGUUCCUUGACUGACUGUCACAGUUGCUUCUAGAAUUUUCUGAAAUCCAUUCUUCCAUCUAUCCAUGCAGCAUUACCAGGGCCACUGCCUGACACACAACAGCAAAGCAUAAAUAGACACAGCCGCAUGCUUAACAGCUUUUAAGGUGUUCUUUAGAUUAAGUGCUGCACCUCUCUUUCUCACGUUUCCAAAAUGACGUCUCUAAAUGCUGUCUUGCAUAUUUCAGACAUGAAGUCACAGGUGAGAUUUCCUUCUAAUGUCUCUUCCAUGCAGGUCAUUCCCCCCUGAACUGCCAGUUUUUAAGAUUUGUUGGACAGUGCUUUUCAGAUCCUCAGCCAGCUGUUUAGAUGAGCCCAAGGUUGUUGAGUGUUAACAAAGUUUGAGGAGUCAGAGAAUUAAUUUGCACUGCAAUCAUCUGGCAAGAAGGACUCAUAAGUUUAUACAAGGCUCAUACAGAAAUCUUGGAAAAGUCAUGGAAUAUAGUAAGUGCUAGAAAACUUUUUUGUCAUCACAUUUUGUGCACUGAAGAAUCUAGAUUGCAAAAAACAUACCAUGGGUAACGUGCACAAAAUUAAAUGGUUCUUACCUGAUAAAUAUAUUGCUAACAUUAUUACUGAAACAGGACUUUAUAUGUCAGUGUCAUAGUAUUUUGGUAUAGAUGAUAUAGCGUCCAGCGUGCUAAAUGUUUGGCAUUAACAUUUUUUUUAAUGUCAUGGAAAAGUCAUGAAGAAGUCAUGGAAUUACAUUGUUUAAAAAGUGUAUUAAGCUUCUUAAUUAGGUUCUGAGAGUUUACAACUGACAGGUUGUCCAAAGUUUUGAACAUGGCAGAGCACAUUAUAUAAAGUAAAUGUGCCUUAACAAUUGAAAGAAGAAAAAUAAGAUGUUUUGCUGCAGAGGUUAUGUUUACUUUUCAUUUCUAAAAUAAAAAAUAUGUCAUUUGGCCUAGGGUGCUCAAACAUUUGCAUAUAUAUGUACUUGUUCCUCUUUGUUCUUGUCCGUGUUGGUGCCACAUGUAGCGCCCUUCUCCCUGGUUCCAUGCUAGGGUCAGCUGUCCCACGCACAUUUCUCAUUAUGCUGUUCCAUCCUGAAAGUUAUAUGUGUUCUUGUUUCUGCCAAGGUAUCGAGUUAUGCAGGAUCAGAUCUGUGUGGACAGUAUCUAGGCCUUUUUUGGGCCUUCAUUUUUAAGACAUAUCUUUAUUUUUAUCGUGUAUUUUACAGCUCCAGUCAACAAGGAUUUUUUCUAUAAAAAUCAAUUUUCUUUAAUAAACUUAAACACUAGAUCUCUCCCACCGGACUUUGGGAUUGGUUCUGACUGAUGUCUCCUUCAGAGACGCUUUUUCAUGCUUAAUACUGUACUUUAUACAUAACACCUAACUUGCAGUUACUGCUAUGUUGAUGUGUCUUUUGUAUUGUCUUGAUGUUUACAUGGUGUCUGUUAUUUGUACUUUUUUAAUUUUUUAUACUAUAUUGUUAGAGUGUUCUACUCAGUAAGGGUAAAAACAAAAAAUAUAAAGUCUUCUAAAACUUGUAAAA